AUGGCUGGUCCGUUGCUCACCGCUUUCUCUGGAGCGACACACUACUCAGGUUCUUCAGAGCUUGGACUGACUGCUUACUGGGUACAUCUGCUCGAAGACGCGCCCUCCUCGCGAUUCAAGUCUUUAAUCAUAUUUGGGCUGUUCAAUUCAUGUUGGACAACGCUCUUCUCGGUCGCAUAUGUUUUCUGGAUCAUUGACGGCGCUCUACACGGGCUCGCCUCCAUUGGUUCCUCAGGAAUAUGGCUGGCCAUUACUGCGAUUUUGUGGGGGGUGUUUGCUGGUCUCUUCCAUAACGAACGAGGAGACAGCAAUUGUGAUGGAGCUCCUGCAAUCAGUGCAUGUCGCCAAACACUAGCUAUCGAAGCUAUGGGCUGGACAGAGAUGGGCCUUUGCAUCCUCACCCUAAUUGCUGCAUGCUUUUGGGUCCGCAGCUCUCGUCGCAAUUACCGUGGAAGUUACUACGUUUGA